AUGUCGUUUGAAGAUAGAGAACUUCCAAAGACUUUAUGUCUUUUUGACGUCGAUGGUACGUUAACCCCGGCCAGAUUGUUUGUGUCUCCUGAGAUGAAAGAGACGUUGAGGCAGCUAAGGAAGAAAUGUGCCAUUGGAUUUGUCGGAGGAUCUGAUUUAAAGAAGCAGUUGGAACAAUUAGGAGAAGAUGUUUUAGACAAUUUUGAUUUCUGUUUCUCUGAGAAUGGUCUCACUGCGUACAGACUGGGAAAGAAGCUUCCUUCUAACUCUUUUAUCAAAUGGUUAGGUGAAGAAAAGUACAACAGACUUGCUAAGUUCAUUUUGAAAUAUCUCUCUGAGAUCGACUUGCCUGUUAGAAGAGGAACCUUUGUCGAGUUUAGAAAAGGUAUGGUUAACGUUUCUCCUAUUGGUAGAAAUGCCUCUACCGAGGAGAGAAACGACUACGAGAAGUUUGAUUUGGAGCACAAGGUUAGAGAGAAGUUUGUGACCGCGUUGAAGAAGGAAUUCUUGGGCUUGGGAUUAACCUAUUCCAUUGGAGGCCAGAUAUCUUUUGACGUCUUUCCAACUGGAUGGGAUAAGACCUACUGUUUGAAUCUUGUUAAAGAUGAGGGCUUUGAUCAAAUUCAUUUCUUCGGUGACAAGACCUACAAGGGAGGUAAUGACUGGGAGAUUUACUCUGAUGAAAGAACUAUUGGUCACUCUGUGAAGUGUCCCGAAGACACCAUCAAGUCUGUGAAAAGGGUAUUUAAGUUAUAA